AUGUCCCGCCGGCCGUACGUGUGCGUGCUCUUCAGGCUCGUGCUGCCCCUCGCCCUCACCGCAGCCUCCAGCGUACGCUUCAGUGUCUUUUCGUUGGUGUACAUCCUGCUGCUGCUGCUGCUUCCGCUGCUGCCUCAACCCACUCCUAACACAAGUAGUCCAUCCCGCUGUGUCACUGCCGUGUGUGUAUCCAGCCUUCUCUUCCUCCUGCUCCAGGCCUUCUUCCAGGUGACCACCAUCACGCUCCAGCCCGACUACAACUGUACCUCCUGGCAGAAGGCGCUCUCUCAGCUCGGCCUCAUCAGUCUGUCGGGGAGUGAUGCCGGCUCAGUGAUCAGACACAUCGCUCCGGACUUGGCUGUCCUCGUGGCGGCACUGGUCACAUGGAGACUCAGCUCUACACUCUCUGCACCUCCUCAUCAGCUGCAGCAGCAGGACGGAUCCUUGAUGCCGGAGCCCAUGGACACUGGAGCAGAGGAGCCUGAGAGAACCUCCCGUCUGUGUGUGGAGCUGCAGUCACUCCUCCAGCAUCUCAAACACCUGCAGGGAAACAUGACAUCCACCGGGGGACAGCUGCUGCUCACGGCUCUGCUGGGCCUCACUGGGAUUGUGUUCCCGUCGCUGUCCUCCAUGCCCUACCUGCUCUGCUUCCAGGUGCUGUGCUCCUGGUGGGCGUGGUCAGGCCGUGUUUCGUCACUCAUGAUUGGCCAUGUUUCUGUGGCAUCACUGCUGUACUCUGCGUGUCACUUCCUGUUGUUCUACUGCUGUCAGCUGCCCACGCUGCAGGACACCAUGGUGAACUCCAGUACGGCCAGUGUGUUUGGAGUGGUACCGUUGGUUAGGGUGGACUGUAGCGCCCCCUGGAGGCUGCAAUUGAGCCCAGAGCUGCGCUGGUUUCACGUGUGUUCUCCACUGAUGGUGCUGCUGCUCUUCCACUGUGUGUGUGCCCUGCGGAGAAACAAGCUCCUGACCGGAGACGUGAGCAGUGACGUGGAGGGGGAGGAGCCUGUAGAAGGGGAGGAGCUGCGGGAUGGGGAGGAGCCUCUGGAAGGGGAGGAGUCUCUGGAUGAGACCGAUGAUUCUGUGUUCGAGCUGUCUGCUGAGGUCAAGAGGGCGCUGUGGAGCCGCACACACAUACAGGUCUCCUCAGCCAAUCACAGCUCUUCCGGUUCUUAUUGCCCGCCCACUCAGAGUACCGCACUGGCAACGACCCAGUACUCCACCCCUCAGUUCUCCGUCAGCCAAUCAGACACUCUGGAAACCUGCAUGUUUGAGGACGACUUGGACCAGAGCCUGGACCAGAGCCUGGAUCAGGGGGAGGAGCUGUUUGACCGAAGGGGCGUGGCCUCGGUGGCUCUGGCCUUCCUUCUGAGGCAGAGUUACAUCGCCGCCCUGGUUGCCAUGCUGGCCUGGGCCAUCUCAUACGUGUCGUGGCUCAGCUGUGUGCUGCUGGUCUGGUCCUGUGUCCUGUGGAUGAUGAGGGAGCGUCGUCGACACACUCUGGACUCCGCCCCCUGGCUGGUUGCCUACGGUAACCUGCUGCUCAUCCUUCAGUACAUCUUCAGUCUGCCAGAAGUCGACAAAGUCCCUGGAGUCUUUCCACAGAAGGAGGAGCCUUGUCUGGAACUGGCCUCCAAGCUCAUCUGCCUGCUGAGCUUCUGGAUGCUGCUGCGUCAGUCCAUCACUGAGAAGCAAAGUGCUCUAGUGAAGGAGAGCCCCUCCCCCACCCGCCUGUCCAGUGUGACCGUCCACAGCACAGACGGCUCGUGUGAGGACGUCUUUCCGCUGCAGACUGAUGCAGGGCAGAUGAACGUUCUGGGGGCUGUCCUCAAGCGCAUGUUUGUCAAGUAUUGGAUCUACGUCUGCGGGACCAUGUUCUUCUUUGUGAGCUUCGAGGGGAAGAUUGUGCUCUACAAAGUCAUCUACAUGGUGAUGUUCCUGUGCUGUGUGGCUCUCUACCAGGUAAACUACCAGUGGUGGCGCUCUCUGCUCAGGGGCUUCUGGCUCACGGUGGUGGUCUACUCCAUGAUGGUGCUGAUACUGGUCUACACAUUCCAGUUCCCUUCGGCACCUCUCAGCUGGAGCUACUACAGCGGCCUCAGCAUCCACAGGCUGGGUGACCUUGGGCUGGAGAAGUUCUCUGUUCCUGUGCUCUUCACCAGAAUCUUUAUCCCUGCUGCCUUUCUGCUGGUGUGUGUGAUCCACCUCCAUUACUUCCACGAGCCGUUCCUCCAGCUCACAGACCUGCAGACUGUGGUGGACACGCACAACAGCACCAUCACCAGGCUGGUGCAUUCCGAGGGCAGCCUGGUGGACUUGUCAGAGGACAGAGGUCUGUACAACUGCACCGAGAGCAAAGUCCCCCAGAAGAGUCUGGAGAGUCCAGAGCCGGAGGAAGAGCUGCAUUCCCUGUCUGACCGCAUCGCAGUGCUGGUGUCGUGGCGUCUGGUGGUGGACCGCCUCUCCGUGCUCUUCCUGCGCUUCCUCCUUUCCCUGCAGAAGCUCCAGCGCCUUCUGUGGUGGCUCCUGGAACUGCACAUUGUCAAAGUUGUGUCGGCCUACAUCAUCUGGGUGUCCGUCAAAGAGGUGUGUGUGUUCAACCUCCUCUUCGUGCUGUGUGUGGCUGUGAGCCUGCCGUGUAGACGCUGGCGCCCCCUGCUGUCCUCUGUCUGCACGGUCUGGACCAGUGUGGUGAUCAUCUGCAAAAUGCUGUACCAGCUGAGCGCUGUGCAGCCAGGCCACUACUCCUCCAACUGCUCCAUGCCGGUGAACUCCAGCCUGGACCUGUCCAAGUCCGCCCUGUACUCUGGCCCUGUGGACCCUGCCCAGUGGGUGGGGCUAAGGAAGACCAAAGGCAGAGUCCUGGAUUAUCUACUGAGUAACCUCACCAUGCUGGCUCUGCUGGCCUUUGAGGUGACCGUGUACAGACAUCAGGAGUUGUACCGUCUGCGUCAUGGUGAAAGCCCGCCCCCCACCCGGACGCUCUUUGAUGACAUCACCAGGCGUCACCUCGAUGACGGCCUUCUCAGCUGCACCAAAUAUUUCCUGAACUACUUCUUCUACAAGUUUGGCCUGGAGACGUGCUUCCUGCUGGCGGUGAAUGUGAUUGGUCAGAGGAUGGACGUGUUUGCGGUCGGACAUGCCCUGGCUCUCAUCAGCAUCAUGUGGCAGCGAAGCAGGAGUGUGAUCUCUGUGCUCUGGCCGCGCUACUGCUCCUUCCUGUCGGCCAUGUUGUGUGUGCAGUACGUGCUGUGCAUCGGGUACCCCCCUGCCUCCUGCACCGAUUACCCUUGGAGAGCGCCUUUAACUGGUCUGGACUCUAACGUGGUGAAAUGGCUGUUCCUCCCAGAUCACCUCACUCCCCCCAACCCCAUGUUUUUGCUUUAUGACUUCCUGCUUCUCCUCGGAGCUUCUCUCCAGGGCCAAGUGUUUGAAGAUGAGCUGCAGCCUCACGUACAGCACGUGGCAGGGGACAACACAGAGCUGGACCCAGAGCAGGACCCAGACCUGAUCCGUCGCCUUCGCUCAAACCCUGUGCCUGACUUCAUGAUGUGCAGGUCGUAUUUGGACACUCUGAAGGUCAUCAUCUUCUGCUACAUGUUCUGGUUCGUCCUCACCGUCAUCUUCAUCACGGGCACCACCAGGAUCAGCGUGUUUUGCAUGGGUUACCUUGUGGCCUGCUUCUACUUCCUGCUGGUUGGCGGAGACUUACUGCUGAAGCCGCUCAGCUCCAUCCUGCUGUACUGGGACUGUCUGAUCGGAUACAAUGUCUUUGUGAUCACCAUGAAGAAUGUGCUGUCUAUCCUGGCCUGUGGAUUGAUUAAGUCUUUGGUAGUGAACCACUGUUGGCUCAUCCAGCUCUUCAGCCUGGCCUGCACCAUCAAAGGCUACAGUAAACCGGAGCAGACUUCCAAACACUGUGAGCUCCCUAAUGAUGAGGCAGGGAUCAUCUGGGAUGGCAUCUGCUUCUGCUUCCUGCUGCUCCAGAGGAGAGUCUUCAGGAGCCACUACUUCCUCUACGUCCUGCUGGAUCUGCACAACACCCAGCUGCUAGCAUCCAGAGGCGCAGAGCUAUUUGAAGCCUCAACUGUGAAAGCCGUGCGAGCCAGACUACAGGUGGAGAAGAACUCUAUGGACCUUCUCAAGAGACAGAUGGAGCGAAUUAAAAGUCGUCAGCAGAAGUUUCGCCGAGGCAAAGAGAGCCUGAUGAGUUUUAACAAAGAGGCCACAGAGGCUGAGGCGAAAGCAGGCCAGAAGGAACGCAAGAAGAAUGGGAAGUGGUGGAAGCCCUGGGUCAACCACGCCUCAAUGAUCCGCAGUGGGGACUACUACCUCUUUGAGACGGACAGUGACGAGGAGACAGAGGAGGAGAGAGAGGAGGAGCAGAAGCAAACAGCACCGCCUCCUGACAAGUCUGCGUUCCAGUUUGUGUACCACGCCUGGAUCACUGACUCUAGAACAGCCAUGAGGGCGCGGCACAGGCAGAACAAGCAUCAGCAGAGGUCAGCGCACAGGAAGCCCCACAGAGCAGCAGCCAUUGAGGUUUCCACGGAGACGGACGAAGAGGACACUGGGGAGGAGUUGGACAAUAUUGCUGAGACUGUCCUACAGCGACUCUCCAGUGGCCUGCGAUUCUGCUGGGUGCUGGUGUCCGCUCUUCUGGACUCGCUGACCACAUGGUUGCGGGGCCUGUGUCUCGAGCACAUCCACAUCUCCACUGUUCUCCGCAUAGAGAGGUGUAUGCUCACGCAGCAGGCCCGCCAGGGCUUGGCUCCGUCUCGAGAAGGCAUUCACCUGUACUACCAGCAACAGCUGAAGAGGAGUUCCAAGGAGUCCGGACUAGACCACAGAGAUACUGAUACUGAUUGGACUCAGACCGGACCAGAUCGGACCGAAGCAAGACAAAAAAAAGUCCCUCUGAUAAAGACCAGACCCAAGCAGUUCAGUCUGAACUACAGCACUGUGAACCGGACCAAAGCAGCCACGCUGACCCAGGCCAUGCUGACCCAGGACGCGCUGUCCCAAGCCACAAUGACCCAGGACACGCUGUCCCAAGCCACACUGACCCAAGCCACGCUGACCCGAGCCACGCUGACCCAAGCCACGCUGAUCCAAGCCAAGCUGACCCAGGCCACGCUGAUCCAGGCCUUGCUGACCCAGGCCACGCUGACCCAGGCCACGCUGACCCAGGCCAUGCUGACCCUAGCCACGCUGAUGGCAGAUCAUACUGAGCCGAGCAACAAUGAGGACACACCCCACCUCUGUGGACUGGAAGAGGGUGGACCCACAGAGUGGAUCAAAGACCAUCAUGAGAUGAGCGUGCAGCUGUCCUCUGUGAAGAGCUCAGGACAGCAGCACAGACCCAGGCUGCUGAAGAUGAGGAGGGUGAGGUCAUCAUCUUCAUCAGAGGCAGAGGACGAGCUCUCACACAGCUGCAGUCAUCUGCCUCCCUCUUACAGCCUGGCUCUAGGUUUGGACCGGGCCCCUGAGCUCCUGCAGAGAAUAGAAGGGCCCCUGGAAUCACCUCUAUCCCUUAGCCGCACCCAGGAACUGACGGCCAGUGAGCUGCUGCAAAACAGGACGUUCUACAACGAGGAGCUCGAGGCCUCAGACUCUUUCUUCUCUCAGCAGCCUCAGCUUCUGCAGCUCUGCUACACACUUUACAACAUCCUGGCAGCGAGGUCUGAGGCGGUGUGCUUCCUGGUCAUGGUGGUGAACCACAUGGUGUCUGCAUCCUGUCUGACCCUGGUGUUGCCCGUGCUGGUCUUUCUCUGGGCCUCACUCUCUGUGCCUCGGACGAGUAAGAGCUUCUGGAUGACGGCCAUCAUCUACACAGAGGUCACUAUUGUCAUCAAGUACUUCUUCCAGUUUGGAUUCUUUCCUUUCAAUCAGAAGCUGGAGGUUGACCGCUCUAAGCCCUUCCAUCCUCCCAACAUCCUGGGAGUGGAGAAGAAAGAGGGCUAUGUCAUCUACGACCUGCUGCAGCUGCUGGCGCUCUUCUAUCAUCGAGCAAUUCUCAAGGUCCAUGGUCUGUGGGAUCAGAACGACCCUGAGGCUGAACUUCCCAACAGCCAGCUGAGCUCGAACCAUGCCUCCUGCUCAGAGCCACCGGCGGGAACUCCUACCGCGGACAGAAGGGAGCAGCCUGCCUCCUCCCCCCAGUCUUCAGCAGAUAGUACUGGCUCCAGAGUCCAACCGGAGAGAAAAAUACACAUGUUCCUGAGCAAACUGCGAGAUAUGUCUCUGAAAGCUCAGCGCCACUCUGUCAGCAGGGUGCGCGUGGCAUGCUCCCCGGCUCAGGACUUCCUGCGUGCGCUGGUGCAGCCGGAGUACAGCGCGGUCACAGACGUCUAUGUGCUCAUGUUCCUCGCAGACACCGUUGACUUCAUCAUCAUCGUCUUCGGCUUCUGGGCCUUUGGGAAACACUCAGCUGCUGCGGACAUCACCUCGUCCCUGUCCGAGGACCAGGUUCCGGAGGCCUUCCUGGUUAUGGUGCUCAUUCAGUUCGCGACCAUGGUGAUCGACCGGGCUCUGUACUUGAGGAAGACAGUCCUGGGGAAGCUGGUGUUUCAGGUCAUCUUGGUUUUGGGGAUCCACUUCUGGAUGUUCUUCAUCCUCCCCACAGUCACAGAGAGGCGCUUUAACCAGAACCUGGUGGCACAGCUGUGGUACUUUGUGAAGUGUGUGUACUUUGGUCUAUCGGCGUACCAGAUCCGCUCUGGUUACCCAACUCGAGUCCUGGGCAACUUCCUCACCAAGAGCCACAACUACCUCAACCUCUUCCUCUUCCAGGGAUUCCGCAUGGUGCCCUUCCUGACGGAGCUGCGAGCUGUGAUGGACUGGGUCUGGACGGAUACCACCUUGUCUCUGUCCUCCUGGAUCUGUGUGGAGGACAUCUACGCACACUGCUUCACCCUCAAGUGCUGGAGGGAGUCUGAGAAGCGCUACCCCCAGCCCCGCGGCCAGAAGAAGAAGCGUGUGGUUAAGUAUGGCAUGGGCGGCCUUAUCGUGCUGCUGCUCAUCUGCAUCGUGUGGUUUCCUCUGCUCUUCAUGUCACUGGUCAAGUCUGUGGCUGGAGUGGUCAACCGGCCCCUAGAUGUGUCUGUCACCGUCACACUAGGAGGCUUUCAGCCCGUCUUCACCAUGAGUGCCCAACAAAACCAGCUGAGGGACCUGAGUGAGAGGGAGUACCAAGUCUUUCUCAACUCCUACAGUUAUGAGCCAAAUGCCCUGCAGUUCCUGGAGGCAUAUGGGGCAGAGGACGUUACCGUAGCAGCACUCCCAGGAAGCAGUAACUCCCUUUGGACCAUCAGCCCGCCCAGCCGCAGCUACCUCAGCCAUGUGCUCCACCUGGACAACUUCCCCCUCACACUCUCCUGGACUAUCCAGAGGAACCUGAGCCGGGGGGCCAAAGCAGAGCUGGCCUCAGGGAAACAUGUAACUUACCUGGACGACCACACCCGCCUGGAGCUCAUCCAGCUGCUCAACGGCACCAGGACCCAGCCGGUCGUGAUCCCAGAUGUGUUUCCAUGUUUCAUCCGAGCCCCGAGUGACUCCAACGCUAAACCCAUCGAGCAGCUCUACCCAGAUGAGCACUUCAAAGACAUCCUGUUGGCCUUGGAGCGGACCACCAGCAGCCGCUCAGACAUGCAGGAGUGGUGGAUUGUGGACCAAUCAGCCAACAGUGUGGUUCACCUAGGGGGCGUGGCCACAGAGCGUCAAGAGGCGGGACUCCAGCUGUUUGUGUUCAGCGACAAAGUCAGUCCCCCAAGUCUGGGCUUCCUCGCCGGUUAUGGGAUCAUGGGCCUGUAUGCCUCUGUGGUGCUCGUCAUUGGGAAGUUUGUGCGUGAGUUCUUCUCUGGAAUAAGCCACUCCAUCAUGUUUGAGGAGCUGCCCUGUGUGGACCGCAUCCUCAAACUCUGCACUGACAUCUUCUUGGUGCGGGAGACAGGGGAGCUGGAGCUGGAGGAGGAGCUAUAUGCUAAGCUGAUCUUCCUGUAUCGAUCUCCGGAGACUCUGAUCAAAUGGACGCAGCGUUGA